AUGGGCUCUAGUGCUAGGAAGAAGAAAGAGAAGAAGAAGGACUUUCAAAAACCGAAAUUGAGAGUUGGGAAAACGAAAGCAAAAGCGGACAAUUUCACGGAUACCAGUUUCAAGAGCAAAUCAAUUGUUGUCAACCAACAGUCUCUAUCAACUUCGGCAAAAUCGUCAUCUUCACAGUUCGCUCAUUAUCUUUCAUUAGCCUCAUCUUCAAAGUCGGAUACUCAAAGACGAGAUGCGCUUGCGUAUCUUACUACACAGCUUUCAUCCCAGCCCGUAAAUGAGCCAAUGCCUCUACCAACUGCAAUUAUUUUGCCAAAAUUACUACCAUUGAUUUUGGACGGAACAUCGUCGGUCAGAUCGCAACUUCUUAAGUUCCUCCGCCUGCUUCCACCAUCCGAUGUGGGUGACCGAGCUGAGCAAUCACUGCUUUACACUCGAGCUGGCAUGACACAUCUUGCCGCUGAGAUUCGAGUCGAUGCACUAUCUAUUCUUGAAUGGUUAUUAGAAGUGGCCAAAGAUGAUGUGGUCACAUGUCCUGGUGGAUGGAUGAAGACCUUGAAAAGUUUCAUGACUAUGAUGGGCUGGGCCACAAGUAGUGGAUCUACCAAGUGGACGUCCGCUAGCAAGUCAUCUUUUGGCAAAUUUGCUUUUGGAAAAGCUGGCAAAGCUUUCCCUCGGCAAUUACUAGUACUUGCUCAAUUUCUGAAAGCUGGCUUGGUGGAGCCAGAAGACUCAUUGCCUACUAGUGAAGGCACAGCGACGUUUCCAAUUUGCCAAGUAGGAAUGCAUAUGAUCCCUACACGAUCGAAUGCCUUCGCGCAUUUGAACCUGUUUGGGACAUCAAGAGACGAAGAUGGAGAGAUGUACAUUGAUAGGGAAGACCGGCAGAGAGUGUUUCAUAAGAAUUUUCGUGCAGCUGUGGAGGAAGGGAUCUCGACGGCGCAGAAGGAAGCUGGCGAAGCUGGCAGAGCUGCGGCUGUCUUGAGCAAGGUCGUCCGAGAUGGUAUGGCCGAUUAUACAGACAUUGAUGAUUGA